AUGUCCACUUCCGACGACAUCAUUCGCCACAUCAUCCAGGACAUCGUCGCCCGGUCAACGACGGCGCUCAAGUCUCGUCGGGAUGCGCUCGCGACGCACUACGCAGAGCAGCUUUCUGACGGGAACGUCGGCCUGUCGCUGCAUUCGAUUCAUCCUCCGCUGCCGAUGACUCCGAUCCCGGGAGCAAAGCAUCUCUUCACCUCCAUUCAUUCGCACACUCAAAGCACCGUCAUCACCGAGACCCUGGCGGCAUUCAUGGUCCGCGCCGUCGUGCUCGAUCCGCGACACGAGUUUCGAAUCGACCAAGACUUGUCGCGCGACGAAAUCGCCGUGGAACUCAUCCUGUCCCUCAACAACCCGGUCAUGGAGACCGUGAAGAUGCAGGUGUACUUUGACACCAACUUUGCCGCACAGGCCGAGUUCCUGCAUCGCGAGAAGAUGGUUCGCAUCAACGCAUGUGCUCCGAUCCUCCGAGAAAUCACCGAGGUCAAGACAAAGUCCGUUUCAGUCUAUGAAGUUCUCUACCGCAGGAUCGUCUCAUACAUCAUGAUUCGAAGCCACGUCGGCAACCCGAUGGACAUUCGUGUCGUUCGUGAAGCCACAGCCGCUUUGGAGUCCGUCUUCCCGCAGAGCGAGCUGUCGACCUUCAUCUCGCUUGGACGCGCCGAAAAAGAGGCCCAGCUUAACGGACUCUCUCAGCUCGUCACUGGCAUUCGUCUCUUCAACAAGCAUCUCGGAAAGGGCGGCGAGUACAUUGAGAGCUUGCCGGAGAUCUGCAACGAGGAACUCAUGGAUCUGUCGAACCUCAUUGACAAAUUCACCAAAGAGACCGAGACACUCAUUCGACUCUAUACUGCCAUCAUCGACUACAUGGAAAAGACCCCCCAGCCUGUGAUGGGAAUGCUGACGCCCGCCCGAGUCAAGUCGGCGCUGGUCUUUCGUCGACAGUACUUGAUGUACCUCGAUGCACUGCAGGAGCAAGCAAAGUACAGCCGAUCGACCCUGGGCAGCCUCAAUGACAAGCACGACCAGACGAUCCAUGAUUUACGUGCAACGUGCAAGUCCAAAACAGCCGUCCCGGUCGACCAAGUUUAUCCUCAAUUCAUCAUGCUGGCCAACCUCUGGAACUGUUGGCUCGACGAGCUGUUUCUUCUUGCCUUCCGGCGUGGAAUCCUGGACACGAUUGACUACCAUUCCAAGGACUCAUGGCGCCCUGUCCUCGCCCUGGCAGAGAGCAACAUCAUCUCGGUCGCGACGGAGCUGAUGGUGAUUGUGUCGGCGAUCCACAAGUCGAUCGAAGUGGUACACCCUGGAAAUACCACACACUACUAUCGACUGCCAGUGGAGUUUGGCGGAUACUGCCCUUACACCCUGGUCAAGCGCGACGGCUUGGUGUCGAAUGGCAACCGGAACAUUGGCUUGCUCAAGUACCGCGACCGACUCUAUGCACUGGUCUCGAUCGAGGCCGCGAAGGAGUUUUCCAAGUUCCCUGAUCGGUAUAUCGAGGGUGUUCUUGAGACGGCCAAGCGCUCGCCAGACCUUGUUCAGCUGCUGCAUUUGUACAACUACUUUCCGACCGUUGAGGCACUUGAGAGUGCCAAGUCGUUCACCCGCCAGCGCCUGCUUGGACAAAUGCCCCUCGUUGCCGACGCCAGCACCCAAGUGGACACACAUAUAGUCGACCACCACGUCGAUCUUAGAUACAAGUGGAACGAAUGGGACUUGCGGCGCCAGGGCCUGAUGCUCGUGAAUCUUCGAAACAAGGUCACCAAGAGCAUGCAAACGGACGUGAGCGUCUUUCGGCGCGAGAGCGAGACGCAGCACUACGAGCCCAAGACGCAGACGACGCAGACGUACACCGAGUCGGCAACGAACGUGCCGCGCAAAGUCAACUACGUUGCUGGAUUGCGAGGCAAGCCGGGCACGUACAAGAGCACAUUCAAAGUGGUGGAUCUGACCCUGGACUUGUGA